AUGAACCUCACUCCUUCUAGCAGUUCCAAAGAGGACUUCCGAAGAAUGAAGCUUGUAUACUUCAGCAACGAGUUUCCUCCUGACGGGCUUCCCAGCCUCGUCCGCCAGCUAAAUCUCUCCAGCAAGGACCGACGGUACCAUAUUCUAGCUCGAUUUCUCGAAGAUGCUACACUGGCGAUUCGAGACGAAGUUCGCCAAUUGCCACCCGCACUGAAAAUCUUAGUUCCCCCUUUUGAGUCUAUUUUAACCUUUGUUGAAUAUCCUGAUCUUCGUACCGGCCCUCUGGGCGCGUCGAUAGACGGGGUCCUACUCUGUGCCGUCGAACUGGGGGCAUUCAUCGGCUACUAUGAGAAAUCCCCCGAGAAAUAUGACUUUGAUUCAUCUCAUGCAUAUCUUACGGGUCUGGGCAUUGGUCUUCUGGCUACCACAGCCGUGUCCUUGUCUUCGACGAUAGCCGACAUUCCUAUUGCUGGCGCGGAGGUCGUUCGCCUAGCCUUUCGUCUCGGUGUUCUCGUCGAUGAUGUCUCGCAGAAUCUGCAACCCCGUGAGUUGGCAGCUCAUGGACCACCUGACAGCUGGGCCUAUGUUAUGCCAAAUGUAGCCCCUGAUGAUGUCCAGCAGGAGCUAAAUGCUAUCCAUGUUAGAGAGAAAACGCCCGAAGCCUGCAAAGUAUUCGUCAGCGCCUUCAGUCAAACCUCAAUCACCGUGAGCGGGCCACCCGCAAGGCUUAAGCGCCUCUUUCGCACGGCUGACUUUUUUCGGGAUCGCAAGUUUGUUGCGCUGCCUGUUUUUGGUGGACUGUGCCACGCGAAGCACAUUUACAACGAGACACACGUGCAAUCUGUGGUACGAACCAAGACCAUCGAGGGCUUAAGUGCCAGACUGGCCCCGAGAAUACCAAUCUUCUCGACUAGCAGCGGGAUUGCAUUCCCCGCAAAUACUGCCGAGGAACUCUUCGAGCAAGUUAUUGCCGAAAUCCUCACUCAAGCCAUUCAGUGGGAUAAUGUGGUCAGCGGUGUCAAGCAGCAGGCCAACCUACUUACCAACCCCGAAUGCCAAGUUCUCGCCAUUCGAACAUCACUUCCAGUCCAGGAUCUCAUUUCCGCUUUGGAAUCCGAGACCCAAGAGUUCAGGGCUACAACGGAUGACCUCUUAUCGUGGAUUGCACAACCUCACGGUGAAGAUACCCCGAGGGGAACAGCUCAGUCCAAGAUUGCUAUCGUGGGAAUGUCGUGUCGACUGCCUGGGGAAGCCAGAGAUACCGAAAAGUUCUGGGAACUCCUGGAAAAAGGCCUGGACGUUCACCGGAAGAUCCCACCGGAUCGUUUCGACGUCGAAUCUCAUUAUGACCCUGCGGGAAAACGGACGAACACAAGCCAUACUCCGUAUGGCUGCUUCAUCGAGGAGCCGGGUCUCUUCGAUGCCCCGUUUUUCAACAUGUCUCCUCGCGAAGCACAACAAACCGAUCCCAUGCAAAGACUAGCGUUGGUGACAGCAUAUGAAGCGCUGGAACGAGCCGGAUAUGUUCCCGAUCGCACACCGGCGACAAACAAACACCGCAUUGGUACGUUCUAUGGCCAGGCCAGUGAUGACUACCGCGAGGUGAAUACGGCGCAAGACGUUAGCACGUACUUCAUCACCGGCGGAUGUCGCGCAUUCGGUCCCGGACGGAUCAACUAUUUCUUCAAGUUUUGGGGACCCAGUUACAGCAUCGACACGGCCUGUUCAUCCAGUCUGGCGACUAUCGAGGCCGCCUGCACAUCGCUUUGGAACGGUGCCACUGACACAGCGGUGGUGGGAGGAGUGAACGUCCUGACCAAUUCGGAUGCUUUCGCUGGCCUAAGCCAUGGCCACUUCUUGUCCAAAACACCGAAUGCUUGCAAAACCUGGGAUAGCGAGGCUGAUGGGUACUGCCGUGCAGAUGGCGUGGUGUCUUUCGUGAUGAAACGACUGGAAGAUGCCGAGGCCGAUAACGAUAACAUCCUGGGUGUUAUCCUCGGCGCCGCGACAAAUCAUUCGGCAGAGGCCAUCUCUAUCACCCACCCUCACGCUGGCGCACAGAGCUACCUGCUCCGGGAGGUCCUCCGCGGUGCGGGUGUUGAUCCAUUUGAUGUCAGCUACGUGGAAUUGCACGGCACCGGCACUCAGGCCGGAGACUUCGAAGAGGUGAAAUCCGUGACCGACGUGUUUGCCCCAGCCACAAGACGCAGGAGCAAGAGGAAUCCCCUGCAUAUUGGAGCAGUCAAGGCGAAUGUGGGUCAUGGGGAGGCGGUGGCUGGAGCGACAGCCCUGCUGAAAGUCCUGCUUAUGCUUCAAAAGGGCGCAAUCCCUCGUCAUGUCGGGAUCAAGAAGGGCAUCAAUCCCCUGCUCCCCAAGGACCUGGACAAGCGCAAUGUACACAUCCCCUUCGAGCAGCAGCCGUGGGCUCGCACAGAAGGCAAGCGACGUAUUGCCGUGGUCAACAACUUCAGUGCAGCUGGUGGAAAUACAUCUCUUGCGAUCGAAGAGGCCCCGCUGCGAGAAAUUACUGGGGUCGAUCCACGUCCCUCGCACAUAGUAUCGAUAUCCGCGAAAAGCAAAGUAUCCUUGAAGGGAAAUCUCGAACGUUUUAUCUCAUACUUGAAUGCUAAUCCGGAUGUGUCGCUAUCCGACCUCUCAUAUACGACCAUGGCCCGGCGUCAUCAUCAUAACCAUAGACUGACUGUAGCCGUAUCGGACCUCGAACAGCUGAAAAAGCAAUCCGCCGCUUGGUUGAACUCUGUCGAUUCUCACAAACCUAUCUCAUCGACGGGACCUCCUCCAGUGGCGUUUGCUUUCACCGGCCAGGGAGCGUCGUACAAAUCCAUGGACAUCGAGCUAUUCCGCGACGUGCCCUACUUCCGUUCGCAGAUCCUGGAACUGAAUUCCCUGGCACUAGGACAGGGGUUCCCGUCUUUUGUGCCAGCCCUCGAUGGGAGCCAUCCAAAAGACUAUGCCCACUCUCCAGUCGUCACGCAGCUCGCUCUGGUCGGGACCGAGAUCGCCCUGGCUAGGUACUGGACCUCAUUGGGAGUGAAGCCCGAGGUAGUGGUUGGCCACAGUCUCGGAGAAUUCGCAGCACUGCAUAUUGCCGGUGUACUGUCCGCAAGCAAUGCCCUGUUCCUUGCAGGCAGACGUGCCCAGCUGCUCGAGCAGAAAUGCAAGAUCGGCAGCCACAAGAUGUUAGCAGUGCGGGCAUCCAUCGAGCAAAUUGCACAGGCCGCCGGCGACCGGCCAUACGAGGUCGCCUGCAGUAACGGUCCAAAGGAAACUGUUCUGAGCGGGACCGGCGCCGAGAUACAUGCGGUUACAGAGGCUUUGGAAGUGGAGGGUUACAAAUGUACGAGUCUAGACGUUGCAUUUGCGUUCCAUUCCGCGCAGAUGGACCCUAUUUUGGAAGAAUACGAGGAUAUUAUUUACAAGGGAGUUAUUUUCCACGCCCCCAAUUUGCCAGUUAUUUCCCCUCUGCUCCGCAAAGUUAUCUUUGAUGACAAGACGGUGAAUGCGAGCUACCUGCGCCGAGCAACCCGCGAGACGGUUAACUUCAGCGCCGCUCUUGAGAGCGCGCAGAAAAUCUCCACUGUCGAUGACACCACCGUCUGGGUAGAGAUUGGGCCGCACCCAGUGUGCAUAAGCUUCGUCAAGUCUACCCUGCCGACUACGGGUGCCUUGGUUCCAUCGCUCCGUCGAGGCGAGGACGCGUGGACUACGUUGACACGCAGUCUGGGGACUGUUCAUGGCGCCGGGGUCGACAUUGACUGGAAUGAGUUCCAUCGCCCAUUUGAGCGCGCGCUGUGCCUCUUGGAUCUCCCCACAUAUAGCUGGAAUAACAAGAACUAUUGGAUUCAGUACAUUGGCGACUGGGCGCUCACCAAGGGCAAUCUCGGGUACGAAGCAGAGAGGAAGAGCGCGGUUGUGCCAGGUGCGGGGGCGUCCGGACCACGUACUUCGACAGUCCAGAAUAUCGUCGAGGAAAACUUUGAAGGGUCAGCUGGGAGAGCAGUCAUGCAUUCGGAUUUAAUGCAGGCAGAGUUCCUUGCCGCGGCUCAUGGACAUAAGAUGAACGGAUGCGGCGUGGUCACGUCGUCUAUACACGCAGAUAUCGGAUUCACUCUCGGUGAAUAUGUAUACAAGAAAUUGAAGCCAACUUCUCAAAUACCGGCUAUGAAUAUUAUCAAUCUGGAAGUUCUGAAAGGAUUGGUUGCACACAAGAACACCGAAAAGCCUCAGAUUCUACAAGUCGCUGCUUCCACAGCCGAUAUCAACUCCGGUAUCCUCGAGCUUGAGUGGCGCAAUGUCCUCGCCGACGGCACAGUAGAAGAUCCCUUUGCCAGUGCGAAAGUCAUCUACGGCGAUGCAGCCGAAUCGCUAUCAUCAUGGCGACCAGCACUUCAUCUCAUCCAAGGCCGCAUUCAAGCCCUGGAGCGUCUCGCCGAAGAAGGAAUCGCAAAUCGGUUCUCCCAUCGCAUGGCUUACAAUCUUUUCGCAAGCAGCCUGGUCAACUAUGCAGACAAAUACCGCGGAAUGCAGUCUGUCGUACUGCAUGAAUUGGAAGCUUUCGCGGACAUCAAGUUGACUACCGAGAAGGGGGGCAUCUGGACAGUACCUCCAUACUUCAUCGACAGCGUGGCGCACUUGGCCGGUUUCAUCAUGAAUGUUUCCGAUGCUGUCGACAAUCAGGCCAACUUUUACGUGACACCCGGGUGGCAAUCAAUGCGCUUUGCACGACCCCUCGUGGCUGGGGCCGCAUACCGUUCCUAUGUCAAGAUGAUUCCUACCGUCGAAGACCCAGGUAUUUUCCUGGGAGAUGUCUACGUGCUUCAGGAGAACGAGAUCAUUGGCAUGGUCGGGGGUAUCAAGUUCCGUCGCUAUCCCCGUCUACUCCUCAGCCGAUUUUUCUCGGCCGCCGACGAUAGCCGGCACAAGCAGGGACACGCUUCCACCGCAGCGGUGCCGAUUGUCAACAUGACCCCGGAGAUCUCUGUAUCCACCCCUGCUCCAACACCUGCUGCUGCACCUGCACCAGCAGCUACACCGCCCGCUAUCCAGAAACAACCUGGUGGCAGUGAAGGCGCUCUAGACGAGACCAGCAUUGCGGCUAAAGCCCUUGCGCUGGUGGCAAGCGAAGCUGGGAUGGAGAGGGAGGAUCUCCACGACGACUCCAACUUUGGUAAUCUGGGCGUGGAUAGCUUGAUGAGUUUAGUCAUUGCUGAGAAAUUUCGUGAAGAGCUUGGAGUCACGGUUACGGGCAGUUUGUUCUUGGAGUAUCCAACUGUAGGCGAUUUGAAGAGUUGGCUGCUGGAGUACUAUAGCUAA